AUGGUAGAGUUUGACAAGAGGUUCACCAACCUGGAGAUGGAUCGGAAGAAUAAAGGGAAGGACACCUUCGUGGAGAAGAUAUUGCAGGGAACCAGUUCACCUUUUUCCCCACGUGUGGAGGAAUACCGGUUGCCCAAAAAAUUCAAGGCCCCUCCUAUGAUGAGUUACAAGGGUGUCGGAGAUCCAGUCGAAUACUUGGAAGAUUUUUGGUCACAUGUUCGCCUCCUUGGCAUCCCAGACGAGGUGGCUUGCAGGGCCUUCCCCCUCACUUUAUCAGGAAGUUCCCGAAACUGGUUCAGGAAGCUGCCCCCGGGCUCAGUUGACAAAUUUGAGGAUCUAGGCCGGGUAUUCUUAACUCAGUUUAUGACUUCACGGAUCCAGAAGAAACCACCGUCCUAUUUGCUGACUUUGAAGCAGCGCAAUGAUGAAACCUUGAAGCAAUUCAUAACUCGGUUCAACCUAAAGAAGACAGAAAUUGAAGAACCCUCAGAUGACCUGAUAUACUUGGCAAUUUAUCAUGGGCUCUUGACCAAAGAGCCAGUGAUGAGGAAGAUGGCACAGAAACCAACAAGCAAUCUACAGGAAUUGAUGAGCAAGGUACAAGAGUUCAUCAAUGAAGCUGAUGUGCUAGAGGCGAUAGAUAGCACGAGACAUCCAGGACAAAAAGAAGAUAAGAAGAAGGAGACCCAGAAGGCAGUGGAGGAACAUAAGCCUUCAAAGAAGAAGUACUAG